UUUUACUCAGUACUGUUCAAUAAUUAACAAUGUCUCACAAAAAUUGUGAUCAUAAUAAUUGUGCAAUUGUUAGUACUAAUUCUUCAGUAUGUCAAACAUUGACGGAAAUGGAUUGGGAGAGGGGCUUGUGGAAUGCAGCAUUUCAUGGGGACAAAGACAGAGUUCAGUAUUUUAUUGACAAAGCAAAUAAUGCCAAAGAAAUAGUCAAUGCUCCUGACAAUUCUGGCUACACAGCUUUGCAUUAUGCUGCUCGCAGUGGACAUUUGGACAUCUGCAAAAUAUUGUUACAAAAUGGGGCUAACAUUAAUGCAGUGACCCACGGAAAAGUGACAUCUCUCCACAAAGCUGUAGCUGCAGGUGAAGUGUUUGUAGUGAAAUACUUAAUACAAUCUGGUGCGAAAAUAGACUUGCAAGAUAAUGAUGGCCAAACAGUUCUUCACAAGGCAGUUGAAAAUAAUAAAUUGGACCUGAUACCCAUACUGCUUGAUGCUUGCCCUGAUCUCAAAUUAAUAAAAAACAAUAAAGGACAUUAUGCUACUGAAUUUAUUUCAUGAAAAAAUCAAAAUGAAAAUUUGUAAGACCAUCUCAACAAACUCUAAUAUUAGUCAUUUAAUUUUAAAUAAUAUACAUAGUUUAAAUAAACUGUGAUUUAUGCUAUGUUCAUAAAUAAUAA